AUGUGCGAUUCAGACGUCGGCGUGGAUCCGGUCGUCCAGGUUCACGUGCAGUACUGUUCGCGUUCAUCCCCAUUCUAUGUUUACGCAUCGGAUUUCGGAUCACGUUCGCCACCGACAAGCACCGGCGUCGCGACGCGCCCUCAGCUCUCCUCAGCCGCACUCGGUACUACUCUCGGACGCUCGUUCCGUGCCGUAUAUGUCUCUCUCACACCCAUCGACCCUUCUGCACCUGCAGAGCCUCGCGGGGCACGGUCCGACGUCUUCAUCAGCCCGACACAGCUCGACACGGAUCUCGCGUACCCUCCCCCACGCCCUUCCCCACACUCCUCCUGGUUCCCCACGUUUCCCCGCAUCCCCACACGCGCGCCAGGCGCCUCCUUGAUAGCCCGCGUCCGCGUCGCGCGCGAUGGCGUCAGCUUGGCCUUUGCUCGCAGCGCGCUCGCGUCGAGUGUCACCCUCGACGCUCGUCUUACAGUAAAGCUGCCUGCAGGACCUGCAGGCCCUUCGACGCCGAUCCCUGGCGAGCACACGACGCGCGCGCCGACCCAAGUACUCGUACGUACGACCUUCUCCCCUUCCUUCUUAUCCACUAUUUAUUAUUUCCAAACCCGCGAUGUGUCGUUCGUUCGUGUACACGCGCUCAAAGCCCUCGAAACGCACCGCGUCGCCGCGCGCGACGUCCUCCGCUCGAGCCGCUCGAGCCCCGGGCGGUACUGUAUCAGAGAGCUGCCAGCGCCUGCCAGCGCCUGCCACUACCUGCCAGCGUCAUGCGCCGAUCAGGAUCGCGACGCGGGGUUGGGGACAAUAUGGACGGGCAAGCGCGCGCGUGCGUGCGUGUUCGCACCCCCACGUCUGUCGAGUCCCCCGCCGCAUCCCGUCGUCGCUACGUGCCCGCAGCGCCGGGCUCUGCUCGUACCCAUGCUCUCCUACCCCACCCCACCGCACUCCACCCCCACCAUGCCCGACCCCACUCUAUGCUCGCGAGUCGCUGCGCGCGAUCGCGCGCAUGCCUGCCUGCCAAGCGGUGCGCUACACCAGCCAGCCAGCCACCGCAGCCCGUGGCCAUUCGCGCGCACGCACGCGCACACACACACGCGUCUUGGCGACUCGUGCAAGUGA